AUGAGUAAUAUAGAAUGUAAAAUAAAAGAUAUAUGUAUACUAUUAAAUAGUAACAAUGAAAGAAAAAUACAGAUAGCAAUAAAAAAUUUGUAUUUAUUAAUAGACCAUAAUAAUAUUAUUAGUGAUGAAGAAUAUGAUAAUUUUGUUAACAUAAUAUUAGAAAAUAAUUAUUCUGAUGUAGUUAUAUUUGCUUUGUCAAAUGAAAUAGAGAAAAGCAAGUCAUCAAAAUUAAUACAUGAAAUUAAUUUAGAUUAUAUUGAAAUUUUAUUUUAUACUUUAAAUUGGGUUUUAUAUAAUAAAUUUCGAAAAAAAUACGAAAAUGAAAUAAAUGGAAACAAAGAAAUAAAAAAAGAAAAUUUUGAAAAAUCAUUACAUUUCAUUAAUCUUGGAUUGUUCAUUUGUGAAAAUUUAGACUUUAUUGAAGUUAUUAUUUUAAAUAAAUUUAGUUACAAUAGAAUAUUUAUUUUAAGAACUAUUUUUUAUUUUUUAUUGUUUCACGAAAAAUUCCAUUACAUGUUUUUUACAUCGUCUUUAUUAUUUAACUUGAUUAAAUUAAAAAAAAAUAUUAACAUUAUUGCUGAAUUAGAACAUAAAAAUGAAUUAAAUGAAGAAAAAGAAGAAAAUGAAAAAAAGAAGCUAGUGUUUUCAGAUGAAAAGGAGGAACAACAAAAGCAAAACAUGUUUAGAAAAGAAUGGUUAGAAAAAGAAUUAACUUUUUUAUAUAAAUUUUUAGUUUUUAAAAAUAUAAGAAAUCUAAGCGACAAGAAUAUAAAUAAGAUUAUAAAAAAUUGUGAUUUUUUUAGCGAGUUAUUGAUAAAACAAAAAAAUGGGGAAACUAAAAUAUAUAGAAAAAAAAUAAUAGAUGAUACAAAAAAAAGAAAUAAAAAGUCAAAGAUAAGCAAAAGUGAAUUUGAAAUAGUAAGAGUAUCAAUAUUAAUUUAUUCUCUAUAUUGUUACUUAUCUUUCUCAAAAAAUGACGAUUUGUAUAAAUAUUUUGAUAACAUAUGUGAAGAAUUAUAUGAAAUAUUUAUUGAUUGUAAUGAAAAUUUUAGAUAUUAUAUUAUGUUGUCAUUAUAUGAAAUUUUAAAAAGAAGUGAAAAUUAUAAAUAUAUGAACAUUUUUAAUAUUAUCAUUAAGUUGUUAAGUAUAUUUCUAAAUGAUACUCAAAAUUGUAUUGAAACUUCCUUGCUUUUUUUUAUAAACAAUAUGUUAAAAGAAAAAAAAUUUAAUAUUAUUUAUAAAAAUAACAAAUUUAAUCACCAGUACAUGUUUCUUAUUAAAACUUCUAAUAAGCAAUUGAAUGAAUAUGAAUUACAAAAAAAAAAAAAAAAAGAAAAAUUAUAUUAUUUAGUGUUAAAUAAUAAUAAAGACAAGGAAUCCUUAGUUAUGAAUAAUUAUAAUGAUUUAAUAAAAUAUAUAAAGAAUAUGAAAAAUACAAAUUUUCUUGAAAUAAAUAAUAUCUUUAUAUUAAAAAUAAAAAAAAAUGAAAUUCAUAGAAUUUGUUUAAUUUUUAAGAUUUUAGAAUUAUAUAUAGGUACCUGCCUUACUGAAACAAAACAAUUUCUAAUUAAUAAUAAUAUGAAAGAUAAUAAUAAUAACAAUAAAAAAAUAAUUAAUGGUAGAGUUUAUGAUAAUUUUUUUACAUUUUUAACUGAAUUAAAAAUAAAGUAUUUUAUAAAUCAUUAUGUAAUUGUAAAAACUAUGGCUAAAUAUCAGCAUUUUAUUAACUUAUAUUACAAGAAUAAUAAAAAUUUUAUAAUAAAUUUUGAUAAUACACUUUUUUUCUUUUUAUUUCUUAACUUAUUUAUUGAUUUAAAUAAAAUUUUCUUCAUACACAAUGUUCAAUCAACUAAAAAAAAAAAAAAAACAGCAAUUACAAGUGGAGGAUUAAAUGACUUAUUUUCUUUUCAAGUGAAAGAAAUGAAGAUAAACAAAUUUUUUUUUAAUUUUAAUUUAAAUAGAGAAUGUGAUGACGAAAAUAAAGAUACUUUAAUUAUAAAUAGUAAAAAAAGAAAAAUAAAUAUUGUUAAGGAAAAAAAAGAAGAGUUAAAAAAAGAAAAAAAAAGAAAAAAAUUAGAAAUCACGAAUAAUUUAAAUGAAAAAAAAUUAGAUAAUAAAGAAGAAAUAAAAAGCAUUAAUAGUAUAAAUAAUUUUAUCGUACAAUUUAAAAAAGAAAAUGUAUAUGAAAAAUAUUUUUUUGACUAUAAAUAUAUCUAUAACAAAAUUAAUAGUGAUGCGAUAAGAAACACAGAAUUUCUGAAUAUAUUUAAAGAAUUAAUAAACUAUAAGAUACUUGUAGAAGUGUAUAAAAAAAAAAAAAUAGCACAUAUAAACAAUAAUGAAAUAAUAAAUGACGAAAAUGUUUUAAUUCAAAAUAUGAAGCAUUUGAACGACUAUAAAUGCCAUUUUGAAAAUGAGGUAAAUUAUCAUAAUAAAGUAAAAGAAAUAAUAUAUUUUUUUAUACCUAUGAAUAUAACUAAAUUUUUAUUAAAAAUAACAAAAAGAAACAAACAUCAUUAUUAUAGUUAUUUUAUUAUAUCUUACUUGUACUACUGUUUAGAAAUAUACAAAUGUAUAUCAUUAUUUAUAUUAUCUCUUGAUUCUUUUAUAAACAUGCCUAAAGGUAUUGACAAAAUAAAACUUCUGAAAAGUAUUAAAUUAGAUAUAUCGACUUAUUUUUAUAAUUUACUUUCUUCUUAUUAUAUGUUUGAUAUCUCUUAUAUAAACAAGUAUAUAUUAAACGACAACCAAGAGAAUGUGUUAAACAAUGAUAUGAGUAAUAAUAAAAAUAUAUAUUUAAAUAAAAAGGGUAAAGAGUAUGAGCAUAUUAAUAAUGAUUCAGAUGAUUAUAUUUUUAAUAUUGACGUAAACGAUAAGGUAACCGAAUUAACAGAAAGUAAUAAAGAGAAUAAUAAUAUAUUAAGUUUACAUUAUUUUUUAAAUAAUGUUAAUAUAAACAAAGAUAAUAUAUAUAUAUUCCAUCUUAUUCUUCUUAAGAAUUAUAUUAAUUUAUUUGAUGAAUGUGAAUUGAAAAAGAAAUUAUUAAAUGAAUUAUAUAAUAAGAAAAAAAUUAUUGAAAUAAAAGAUUUUUCUUUAUUUUUUAAUAUUAACGAAAAUAUAUAUAAAGUAUUUAUUAAGAUAUUGGUUAAAAAUUGUUAUUUUACUAUUGAGAAUUUUAAUUUUUUGGAUAAUUUAUUUUUUAUUUUUAUUUAUUAUAGAAGAAAGUUAGUUACUCAGGAAGAGGAAGAAAACAAAAAGUACUAUGAAAAAUACUAUUAUUACACAGAAUUAUUUUUAUAUAGAUUAUUAAAAAAAACAAGCUAUUUUGAUUCAAAAAAUUUUGAUGAUUUAAAUUUAUAUUUUAACUAUUUAAGGAAGAUAUACAAUUUAAGAGAAUUUGUUAUAGCUCUGUCUUUAUUUUAUAGAAUUUUUAAUUUAUGUAAAAACAAAUUAAAGAACAUAGAAAACCAUAAUAAAAAAAAUAGAAACAAAAAUAUGUACAAUUGUGAGUCAUCUGUUUUUUUUAAUUUUAUAAUUGAAUUUUUUUUUACAAAUAAUUUAAAUAGUUUACUAAAUGGUGUACCAAUGUUAAAAAUUAUCAAAGAUAAUAAGGAAGAAAAACAGACAAAAAAUAAUAACAGUGACAUAUUUGAUUAUACUAUCAAUGAUAUUGUAAAAGUGUACAUAAAUUAUAUAAAUUUUAUUAAAUAUGUUUUAUUAAUUAAUCCACAUAUUUAUUUUAAUUUAAAAAAAAAAUUAAAAAAAAGAAGGAGUAUAGAAGAGUUAUUUUACUCUUUUACUAAAAAAAAAGAAUUGAAGCUAAAUGCAGAUAGUAAUUCAAUCUAUAAUAAAAGUGAUAAAUACAUAUGCAAUAGUUUAAAUAAUGGCAAAGUUAAAGAAAACAAAAAAAAUACUAUAAAUUUAACAAAUAAAAAAGAUAGUACAUACUAUAAUGAAUUAAAAGAACAAGAUAACGCAUUUAAUACAUUUUUAAAAUUUCAAAAAAAUAUAAAAUUCUUUUUAAAGGCAAUUAAAAAUAUUAAGAGUAAAAAGAAACUGUCCAAAUAUCAUUCAAAAAUAGAUAAAACAUUUUUUAAGAAAAAUCGAAUGAAUUUUCUUACAAAUUUUCUAAUAGAUCAAAAAGAUACACUUGUAAGAACUGAUAAUAAAAAUGAGACAUUUUUUAAAAAUAUUUUAAAUAAGUGUAAAAAUAUUUUGGAUAUUCAUUUUAAUGAUGAUAUUACUUUUAAUUUCAUAAUUAGAAAUGAAGAAGAAUUGUUUUAUAGUUUAUGCAAUAUAAUUUGUGUUUUAAAAAAUUAUUAUUUUAUUGUUUACAUAUAUAUAAGUGAAAAUGAUAAUAUAAAUAUGGAUAUCUUGUUAUUUUUAGUAAAGAAAAUUAACGAAAUUUUAAGAGUAUAUCUUUAUAUUUCUUCUGAUAUAAAUAGAAAUUUUAGUUUUUUUAUAAAGCGCACAGGCAGAUAUAAAGAUAUAGAAAACAUAACAUUUUACAAUAUGUAUUUACAAGAACAUGAUUUUUAUUCAAAUAAUUUUUUUUUAAAAAUUAACUAUUUAAAUAAAAAAAGUUUUAUAUUAUUCAUUAAUAUUUUAAAAGGGGAAUUAUUUAAGAAGCUGUUGAAAUUUUUAGAAAAGAUAUAUGAAAUUGAUAAACAUAUAUAUGGAGAUUUUUAUUAUCUACAUUUAUGUUUUAUUAAUAAAAAUGCAAACUUUAUGAUCUUAAAAAAGGAAAAGCAUAUACAAUUUGUAAUUCAAAAUUUAAUUUAUAUGGAAGAAAUGAUUUUAAGGAAAAAUGAUGAUAGAAAUGAUACGUUUUUUAAAAAAAAAAUAUCUUUUAUGAUUCUAUUCCUAUUAAAAAAAAUAGAGAAGAAGGAUUUUUUCAUAAACAAAUUAGUUAACAAUUAUUGUUAUAAUAAGAAUAUUUUAUAUAAUAACAAAGGAGAUAAUUCAUGCGUUGAUAAAAAUAUAAAUUUUCUUUUACAAGAAAUCGUUUAUUUUUUUAUAUACUAUAUGGUUAAUGAAAAUUCACAAAUGAAUUCGAAAAUUUAUAAGAGUAUACCCUUAUUAAUUAAAACAAUAAUGGAAAAUAAAUUUAUAAAUGAAGAAACAGUUAAUAUUGCUAAUAAAUUAUGCAAAUUAUUUAUUAGUAAAUGCCACAGUAACUUUUCUCUAAAUGAUGAUGUAAUGAAAAAAAUACUGAUUCACAAAUUAAAUAUAAACAAUAAUAAUAGUAUUUCUGUAUCUAAUAAAAUUGAAAAUGAUCAAAUGCAUUUAUUAUAUGAUAAAGAUGUAGAAAGAGAAAUAAAAGUAUUUAUUAUUUAUAAUUACGUAAAAUGCUUCGAUAUAGAAACAUUAAAAAGGAAACAUAUAAGCAAAGAAGAUUUUAUUAUCAUGAAUUUUAUUUAUCUGAUAAAAAAUAAUAAUUCAUUGUUGUUUAAACAAAAUUCUUUAAAAUUUUUAGAUAAUUUAACGUAUGAAAAAAUAUAUGACUUGAAUAAAAGAAAGUUUUCUGAUUCUAUUGCAGAAAAGUAUUUAAAAAAAAUUAUUUAUGCUUAUGAAAAUGUGCAUGUAAAAAGUAAAAUAAGUUUUCUUCUAUUAAAUACGAGAAAAUUAAACAAUAAAAAUUGUUUAUUCAUAGCUUUGUCUAUUUUAUUUUUUUUGGAGAAAACACUUCAUAAGAAAGAAAGAGUAUUUCUUUAUAAAAAGUAUAACAAAUCUAUUAUAAGGAGAGUGUGUAAAACAAUUUUUUUUUAUUUUUAUGACCAUUUUUAUAAAAAUGAUAUACACAAUGAGUUUAUUACAAGAGCCUAUGAAAAAAUAAUUAAUUUUAUUUUCGAAAUUUUUUUUAAAAAAUUAAAAAAAAAGAAAAAAAAUGAAUGUAAAAUAGAAGGCAAUAAAAAAAUUACUAAUUCUGAAUAUCACAAUAAUGAAUUAAUUGAAAAUUCUUAUUAUGAAGGUAUUAAUAACGAUGCUGCUAUAUAUGACAGAAGUAAUAACAGUUACACUAAUGUUGAUAAUAAAAAUAAUAGUAACAGAAAUGAUGAUAAAUUGUAUAGAGGUGAUGAUUGUAAUUUUGAAAUAAAUAAUAAAAUACAUAUUGAUGAUGAAAAUUUGAAAUAUAACAAAGAUUAUAUUAAUUUUAUAUCAAAAAAAAAGAAUGAUUAUGAUAUUUUAUUAGUGUUAUUAAUGAAUUUAUUAAACAAAAAUAAGAAAAAGUUUAAAAUAGAAAAAUUAAUAGAAAAAUAUUUGUGCUUAAUAUUUACUCAUAUUUCAUUUUUAAAUAAUAAAAAGAAAAAAAAUUAUUGUUAUUAUGAAAGUGUUAUGAAAAAGUAUAUAUAUAUGCCCAGUGAAUCUUAUUUUAACAGUUUAGAGAAAUAUAAAAAAACAUACAUAUUAUUUCAUUUAUAUUAUCUAUUAUUUAAAUAUAUGAAAUUAAGAAAUUUAAAUAUUAUAAGUAUGAUUGAAGUAUUUUUUAAAGAUAUUUAUAUAGAAAAAUGUAUCUUAUCGCAUAUAGAGGAAUAUAAAAAAAAAAAAAAAAAUGAAAGGAUACUAAUUUUCAUAUUGAAAAUAAUAAAAAUUUUUUAUGAAGAAUGGUAUGAUUUAUCUAAAAAUAAUACUACAAGACAAGAAAUAUAUUUAAAAAUAUUAAAUAAAAAAUUAUUUAAUGAAUUAAAAAAAAUGUAUAGCUAUACCUUAACAAAUGUUAAUAUUCAUAUAAGAAAUAUAUUUUUUGUUGAUUUAUCUAAUUAUCUAAAAUCUAUAACUAUAAAUAGUAUACUCGAUAAUAAAUUAAUUGAUGAAGUUUUAAAAUUUAAAGAAUUUAAUAUGAAUCAUGAUAAUAAUUAUAAUUGGUUAAAUAUGAACACUAGCAUGAUAAAUAAAACAUGCCUAUAUUUUUAUACUAACGAAAGUAUUCUCAAUAAAAUAGAAGGUAGUAAAAAUGAUUUUUUAUUUUUUAUGAAUAUGAAUAGCUCAGGAAAAGAUGAACAUUCAAAUAGUAACUUAAAAAAUUAUAAUGAUAAUGGCACUAAUAAUAUAAAUAAUAAUCUUAACAGUAGCAUGAAUACAUUAUAUAACGAUAAUAACAAUUAUACAAGUAAUAAUUUUUUAAGUGAAAAUGAAAAAGAAUCAUACAAUGAUUGCAUAAAUAAUGAUGACUUAAAGAAAAAAGAGAUUUUUCUAAAAAAUAGUAAUAAAAGCCUUUAUUGCAUAUUAAACCAAAAUGAAUUUACAAAAAGUGAAACUUUUUUUUUAGCUUAUAAAAAUAAAUUCAAAGAGAAUAUUUAUGAUUAUUUGUUUUUAUUAUGUUUAAUUGUUAGUAAAUUAAUUUUUUGUUUUAUAUUAAUGGCAGAAAAAUUAAGGAUAUUUUUUUAUCAUUUUAGAAUUUUAUAUACAUAUCAUAAUGAAAAAAUGUUUUUAAAUUUUGAUUUAUUAAGAAUGCAAGAAAUAAACAGAAAAAUAAAAAGUUAUAUAAAGAAAUAUCCCGAUAUUCAUUUUUAUGUAGAUUAUGAUAAUAAUAAUAAUAAUGAAGAAAAAAGAGUUAAUAACGACAACUCAUUUUUAUAUAGUAAUGAAAAUAUGCCAGAUAGGAACUAUAGCAAUAUAGAAUUAAAUAAUGAUAUAAAUGUUAGCACGUCUAUUGGAAAAAAUAAAAAAAUGGUUUCUUAUGAUGAAGAAAAAGAACAUUUUAAUCAUUUAAAAAAAAAUGAAAAUAAUGAAAAAUGUAAAUUUUGUAUCAAAUUUAAACAAAUUCAUAACAUUAAUGAAUCAAAAAGAAUUUUAAAUUUAUUUAAUAAGGAAGAAAAAUCAAAUAUUAAAAAUAUGAUUUAUUACGGGAAAACAAUUCGAACUAAUAUAUUUUUACUUUGUCCUUAUGAAAAUAAUAUAUAUAAAAAUUGUAAAACUUUUGUAGAUAAUGAAGAAAAUCCAAAUGAUAAGGAGUUAAAUUUUGAAUAUAAUAAAAGUAAUGAUGUUAAUAAUGAUAUUUUAGAUAAUAAUAGUAACGGUUGUAAUAGUAAUGCUGUUAAUAAGAAUUUUUCUAAUGAUUCAAAUAAAAAUAGUUCUAAAAAUUUAAAUAAAAACAAAAAGGAAAUAAAUAAAAUAAAUUCUUAUUGCAUAGUUAAUAAUAACGAUUUACUAUAUGGAAAGAAAAUGAAAGAAGAUCAUUUUAUGAAAAAUUAUAAAAAAAUAAUAGAUAAAUAUUUUUUAAAUGAUAUUGAUUUCUUCGGAAAAUGGAUAAAAAGUUUUUCUAUGAAUGCAUUAAAAAUAUUGAUAUUUUGCUUAAGCAGUAAUGAUUUAAUUAUAAGAAUGAUUAGUAUAAAAGGUUUAUCUAUUUUUUAUCAAUUAUUAGAAAAUUCAUUUUUACUAUAUAAAAUUAGAAAAAAAUUAAAUUCUUUUAACAAAAAUACUACAGAAAAUGAUUAUAAAGAAAAAAGUACAGUUUUAAAAAAAAAAAAAAAAAAAUUAAUAAUCCCUUUUAAAGAAUUAUUUUAUUUAUAUUUUUUUAUGAAAAAAUUAAAAUACUCAGUAGAACCUAAUUCUUAUUAUAUUAAUCCAUGUGUUUCUUCCUAUUCCUUUUUUUUUAUAAAUGAAAUAUACAAAAAAUCAAGCAUGGUUAGCACUUUAAAAAAUAUGAUUAAAGAUAAAGUUUUUUCAAUUCAUUUUUUUCAUGCGUAUUUAAAUAGUUUAUUUAAUAGUAAUAAUUACAUUUCGUUAAAUAUAAUUAACUUUUUUAUUAUUUCUAAUCAAGCUCUUUUUUCUACAAGUUAUGUUUUAAAAGAAUGUGAUAAAAAAAAUGAUGAAAACAAUUGCAAAUAUAUUACAAAUGAUGAUGAGAAUAAUAAUAAUUACAAAACAAAUAAUUAUCCAAAAGAAGAAUGUAAUAUUAAUUGUUCAAAACAUGAAAGUAAUGUUAUUAAUAAAAGUUUUUAUGCAACUUCUCACUUUACUAACAGAAUGGUUCCUGAUUUUGAUAAUGAUGAUAACCUCGAAGAAAUAUACGAUGAAAAUAGCAUAAUUAAAAAGGAUAAUGAAAUUACAGAUAAAUUAUUUUAUAUUGAGAGUAAUUAUAAAAAUUCAAUAAAAACAAUUUACAAUAUUUUAAAUAAAAAUAACAUUUUUGAAAUUUAUUUAUCUAUAUUUUUUAAUAAUUAUUUAAAUCAUAAUUUAUUAAAAAAAUUUAUGAUACUACUGAUUACAUCAAGUAAUAUAUUGAAUAUACAAGACAUAUAUUGUGAUGGUAUUAAUAUAACUAAGUAUUUUAAAAGUAAUAAUAAUAACAAUGAUUUUAGAGUUCAUGAUAAUUAUUACAACAAUCUUAAUAAUAAUUAUUAUAAUGAGAAUGAUAAUGAUUUUAAUAAUUAUAAUAUUAAUUAUUAUAAAAAUAAUGAAAAUAGUUGUAUUAAUAAUAAUAAUGAUACAUAUAACAAAACUAUGAAUAAUUUCAAUAUUUAUAAUAGCAUCAAAAAUAAUGAUAGUAAUGUAGACUAUUAUUUUAAAAACAAUUUGAUUCUUAAGUUAAUAACAAAAAAUAACAUUUUAUUGUGGAUAGAUUAUAUUAUGCACCAGAAAUUGUUUUUUGAAGAAAUGGCAAUUCAAUAUCCUACAUCUUUUAUGUUUCCAAUUUUAAAUUUUUAUGAUUUAAUAAAUGAAAAUGAAAGCUAUUAUAGUAAUUUUAUAUAUAAUAAAAUAAAAGGCUUAGAAGAAGAAGAAGAAAAAUAUUUAUGUUUUAUAAAAAAUGAGGACAAUUAUAUCCCAAAUAACAUAAAUUUAUAUUCAGAUAUACAAGCUUGUAAAAACAUUGAAGAGAAGAGACUUACAGAUAAAAUAAUAGACAGUUGCAUAGAUACUACUUUAAAUGAGAUAGAAAAAAAAUGUGAAAAUAGAAUUCCUCUUUUAUAUGGGGAUAAUAGUAUAGAAAAUGAUAUUAUUAAAAAACAAGAAGAUAUUAUUAUUAAUAAGAAUAAUCAUAAUACAACAGCUAUCGAAUAUUUAGAUAAAAUAAUAAAAAAAAAAUAUAUAAUUGGGUAUAGUUUUAAAGAAAGUUAUGACAAGAUUUCUGAAUUAUUUUUUUAUAUAUCUUUAUUUAUAAAUAACACUGUAUCUAAUUUGUUUUAUUCAUGUUUAGAUUAUUCGAAUAUUUUUAAUAAUAUGUUAUUAUACAAAGAAAAAAAAAUAAUUAAACAUUUUAUAUUAAAAAAUGCUUAUAAUAUAAUACAUAAGAAAGUAGAUACAAAAUUUGAAAUACGAAAUUAUUGGUAUAAUAGUUUUCAUAAAGCUAUUUCAUUUAAAAUAAGAAGUUUUCUUUUUAUUGACAGUGAAGGAAAGAUGAAAAAUACUAGUUUAAAUAUAUUUUCUCAUUUAAUAAAAAUUAUAAGAAAUCUAAACAGAAGCUUAUAUUACAUUUUUUUUAAUUUAUUUCACAAAGAAUAUUUUAUGCUAUUUAUUUAUUCUGAAAUUUCUAAAAAAUCUUCAAAAAAAUUUUACAAUAUAAAGAAUCACAAUUUAAAUAAUUUAAAAGUAUGUAAAGUAUUUCUUAAAUAUAUAUAUUUAAUAUUUAAUAUUUUAUUUAAUAUAUGUACUAAUUUGUUUGACAAAAACGAGCCAACCAAUAAUUUAUGUAACUCUAUUUCAACAAAGGUAAUUGUAGAAAAUUUUUUUAUUAACGAAGAUAUAAGUUUAAUUAUAAAUGAAAUUAUGAUUUUUUUUGAAAAUAUUGUAAUCAUUUACAAUUAUUUCAAUUCAUAUUUUUCAAAAUCCUCUAAGAGGUCUAAUAAUAAAUAUGAAAUUAAUAUAUUAACAAGAGAAAAAAUAAAGUGGAAUAAAAAAGGAAAUCAUAUAAAAAAAGAGAAAAAAUCAAUUCAAACAUUUCAUCUAGAUGAUCAUAAAAACUUAUUAAGAGAAAUACACAAAAGAUCACCAAAAUCUUCAAAUUAUUACUUAUACAAAAAAAUUAUAUUAUAUGUCUUAGAUAUGAUACAUAAAAACUGUUAUAAAAAUACUAAACAUUUCCACUAUAUAUUUUUAAAUAAAUUAGUAACAAUUUAUCAUUUCUUAAAACCAAAUUAUACACCUAAAAUUUACUUAUAUAUAUAUGAAAUAUUUAACAUAAUAAAAAAAGAUAGAUUUGAAGCUUUCUUAAAACAAAUUCUAUAA